AUAUUGGCUGUUGUCCUGUGUAGGGAGCGGCGGCGGUGGCGGCGCGAGUGGAGCAAAGGAGCGGCGCGAGUGGCAGCAUGACUCGGAGGCGGAGCAGGCCGAGCGGCGGCGCGGGCCGGCGCGAACGGGCACGAGCCGCGGGGCUGCAGAAGCCCCAGGCGCCCGAGCCCCCGCCGCCGCCAAGCUUGGAAGCGGGAGCGGGUGCAGGGCCCCAGGAGGCGCCGGUGGAGCCCGAUCGCGACGGCCCCAGAGAAGAAGAUGAACCCAAGCUGGUGCCUGGCCCUCAGGUCCCCCUCACCUCCAGCCAGUCUGUACAGACUUGCUGCCUGCUAUGUCACCGGGAACGCAAAGGCUGGGAAGAAGGCCCUUCACAAAAUGGACUGGUGUUGCAGGGUGAAAAGCUACCCCCUGACUUCAUGCCAAAGCUCGUCAAGAAUCUCCUAGGCGAGGUGCCUCUGUGGGUCUGCCAGAGUUGCCGAAAGAGCAUGGAGGAAGAUGAAAGGCAGACAGGUCGAGAACAUGCAGUGGCGAUCUCCUUGUCACAUACAUCCUGUAAGUCACAGUCUUGUGGGGGUGACUCUCAUUCCUCCUCGUCUUCCUCUUCAUCAUCCUCAUCAUCCUCCUCCUCCUCCUCCUGCCAUGGGAACUCAGGGGACUGGGAUCCCAGCUCAUUCCUGUCGGCACAUAAGCUCUCGGGCCUCUGGAACUCCCCACACACCAGUGGGGUCUUGCCUGGCAGCUCACUUGAGAGCCCUCCUGCCAUCCCCGGUGAGGCUUUCCCCAUCUCGGAGCACCACCAGCACUCAGACCUCACUGCUCCUCCUAACAGCCCCACUGGCCACCACCCCCAGCCAGCAUCUUUUAUCCCUUCUCACCCCAGCUCCUUCAGCUCACCUCCCCACCCACACCUCAUGCCUACCACCCCAGCAGCAUCUUUCCCCGCCCAGGCUUCGGAGUGCCCUGUGGCUGCCGCCGCCACUGCUCCCCACCCACCAGGGACAUGUCAGAGCCCCCACCUGCCCUCCACCAGCAUGCCACUCCUGAAGAUGCCUCCACCAUUCUCAGGAUGCACCCACCCCUGCAGCGGGCACUGCAGUGGGCCUCUCCUCCCACCACCAAACUCUCAGCCAGUCCCUAGCACUCACAGGGACCCCGGGUGCAAGGGGCACAAGUUUGCACACAGUGGCCUCGGCUGCCCACUGCCCCAGCCCUGCGAAGCAGAUGAGGGGCUGGGUGAGGAAGAGGACAGCAGCUCCGAACGCAGCUCCUGCACCUCGACCUCCACCCAUCAGAGAGACGGGAAGUUUUGCGACUGUUGCUACUGUGAGUUCUUCGGCCACAAUGCGCCACCCGCUGCCCCGACGAGUCGGAAUUAUACUGAGAUCCGGGAGAAGCUCCGCUCAAGGCUGACCAGGCGGAAAGAGGAGCUGCCUAUGAAGGGGGGCACCCUGGGCGGGAUCCUUGGGGAGCCUGCCGUGGACCACCGAGAUGUGGAUGAGCUGCUGGAAUUCAUCAACAGCACGGAGCCCAAAGUCCCCAACAGCGCCAGGGCCGCCAAGCGGGCCCGGCACAAGCUGAAAAAGAAGGAAAAAGAGAAGGCCCAGUUGGCAGCAGAAGCUCUGAAGCAGGGGACUCGUGUUUCUGGAAGCCAGGAGCCAAGGCCUGCCAGGGAGAGGCUGUUGGAGUGGCCUGACCGGGAAUUGGAUCGGGUCAACAGCUUUCUGAGCAGCCGUCUGCAAGAGAUCAAGAACACUGUCAAGGACUCUAUCCGCGCCAGCUUCAGCAUGUGUGAGCUCAACAUGGACAGCAAUGGCUUCUCAAAGGAGGUAGCUGCCGAGCCUGAGCCCCAGACUUUACCCCCCUCAAACCUUAAUGGCUCCUCAGAGCAACGGCCUGACAUCAACCUUGACCUGUCCCCUUUGACUUUGGGCUCCUCCCAGGGCCACACAUUACAAGCUACAGGUGAGCCAGCCCCACCAUGGGCAGAAAUGAGAGGCCCCCACCCACCAUGGACAGAGGUGAGGGGCCCUCCUCCUGGUAUCACCCCUGAGAAUGGGCUAGUAAGGAGACUCAGUACUGUGCCCAAUCUGUCCAGGGUGAUUUGGGUCAAGACACCCAAGCCGGGCAACCCUAAUUCUGAGGAGCCAAGUUCAAAGGAGAUCCCAAGAUGCAAGCAGGAGCUACCUGAGCCUGUGGCUACAGGUGGAAAGCCACGUAAGGGCAAGAGACAGGGCAGUCAGGCUAAGAAGAGCGAGGCAAGCCUGGGCCCCCGGCCCCCAACCAGCAUAGAGACCCCCAGUAUGAAGAGCCACAUGUCUAGUCCCAAACAUCUAGGCAAGGGCCCAGAGCCACCCAAAAUGGGCAGCUGCUUCGAAGCUGAAGAGGGUACCCAGGGAAGCCGGCCAGGACCAGGUUGGGCUGAUAGCUCCAAAACUGAGAAGGAAAAGUGCAUCUCCUGGAGGAACUGGCCAGAUGAGGCCAAGGUACGGCCUCCAGAGCAGGAGUCUGUGCAGCCUCCAGGCCCAGCAAGGCUACAGAGCUUGCCCCAGGGCAAGGGCCGCAGUCGCCGGAGUCGCAACAAGCAGGAGAAGUCGGCCUCCUCGUUGGACGAUGUAUUCCUGCCCAAGGACAUGGAUGGGGUGGAGAUGGAUGAGACUGACCGCGAGGUGGAGUAUUUCAAGAGCAGGGCCAUGUUGUACAAAGAUCUGAGAGUGAAAGAAGUAGAGCAUACUUGGGGGAUCAAAAGCAGUCCAGUCCAGUACAGCUAGAAAGUGGAGCAAGGUGAGCGGGGAACUUGUAUUUCAAAGUGGUCU